UUUGUGUGUGCGAGAGACGACGAACCUCUUCGUGCUGUUGUUGUUGUGCUGCGCUGAACCACCCACACUACCAAGCAUCCCAUCCAUCCACCCGUCCAUCCCUCCAUCCCUCCAUCCAUCCAUCCGUCCAUCCAGCACACAUACACAGAUACCGACACAUACAAACGCGCGAACCCACGGCCAUGGAUUCCAUCAAGCGCAACUUUGCCCUGCGGUCUCAGCUGAUGAUGCUGAACCGCGCCACCUCGGACAAGCCGGACCCGACACCAGGAUACAUGUUCACAGACAUUGCCAAGCUGACGUUUGAGUCGUCGCAAAUGUCCAUGGACCUCAUGGACUACCUGCUGGCGCGCGUCAAAAAGAAGUCCGUGUACACGAAGAUCAAGGCCCUCAAGAUCCUCAAGUACCUCGUGGAGAAGGGGCACGAGGGCUUUUUCAAGGACCUGCAGCGACGCAGCGACGACAUCCGCCAAGCAAUGGAGUUCAAAGGCGCUGUUGAUCCCCUCCAUGGGGAUACAUUCAACAAGCAAGUGCGCGAGCACGCUUCGAAACUGAUGGAGGCGCUGUUCAACCCCAAGUCGACCGGCCCGCGUGCGCCGCCGGAUGCAAGCAAGACAUCGAUUGCGAAGGACGCGUUUGGCAGCUCGGGUGCGUCGUUCAGCAAGCCGCCGUCCCGGCCCGCGUCGCAGGCCAUGUCGUCCACAUCGUCGAGCACAUCCAACCUCGGGCAGUACUACUACACGGAGACCACCUCCGCAUCCGGCAUGAAGAUGUGGGGGAUGGGCAGCGGACCAGCAAAAUCGGAGUCGUUUGUUGACAAGAUGAAAGCGCGCGUCUCACAGGCAAAAGACCGCGUCGUCACCGCCCUCAACGACAAGAACGAAGAGCCAGCCGGAUACACGCCCAUGCACAACAACGCACACAGCGAGAUGGCGCGUGCCUUCCGCACCACGGGCACCCCCUCCACUUCCUCUGGACGCGUUGGAGGGCUGCAGCGGCCCGGUGGUUCAUACCGCGCACCGCAGGAGCCCGCCACAGGGCCAGAGCACUCCUCAAUCUCAACGGAUCCGGACUACAUUGAUCGCGUCGUGCAGACCAUCACCGCACCUGGCGGCGUCAAGGUUGCGCCGCCGCAGCAGGAUCUGGAUGCGUUUGUGUCCAAGUGCCGGACGCUUGACGGGCACCAGGUCGCCGACGCCCUGCUCGACCGUAUCGACGCUGCAGCCACAGACCGCGAGACCCUGCGGAUCCUGCAUGUGGUGAAGGCGCUGGCCGGCUCGGACAUUAUCGGCAUCGAGGCGUGCCUUGCCCCCAUCAGGGACCCCCUCGAGGACUACGUUGCUGGGGACCACGCCGGCAUCAAGAAAAAGGCACGCGAAAUCAUUCGCAUUCUGGAUCAGAAGGAGCAGUCUUACCUUUCAAGCAGCAAAGCUGGCGCCACUGACCAACAGCAGCAAUCGCAGCAGUCAAAGCCAGCGGCUGCGCCAACCAACUUGCUUGAUCUGGAUGAGCCGGCGCCUGCAAGUGGCGGGCUGGAGGAACUGCUGGGCGGACAACAGCGACAGCAGCAGAGCGAGCAGACGACGCCAACAUCCCUCUUCUCAGGCAUGUCGCUUGGCGGUGCAACGACUGCCACUACCGCCGCCGCACCAGCAGUCACCACAGCACCACAGCAGCAGAGUAGUGGCAGCCUGCUGGACAUGGGCGACGACACCACGUCCACCACUACAACGACAACGACGACAGGCGGCAGCACGGGGGGAUCAUCCCUCUUCUCGGGGAUGGCGCUGGCAACAGGCGAUCAGCAGCAGCAGCAGCAGCAAGCUGUGGGGGAAACAGUGAAGCAGGAGGUGAAUGGCAACCAGGGCAGCGGGAGCCUGCUUGAUCUUGGUGAUGUCUUCUUGGGCAGCAACAACGCCGGCAACGCGCCCACACCCCAGCAAUCUCACCAGCCAAGUGCAUUUGCCUCGCUCCUCGGCAACUCUACACAACAGCCACAGCAGCAGCAGACACAGCAGCAGCAGCAGCCGUCGCAGUCCGGGUUUGACCUGUCGUCACUGUAUUCACAGCAGCAGACGCCACAGCAGCAGAUGCCGGGGAUGAUGAUGCAGCCCAGCAUGCAGCAGCAGAUGCAAAUGCAACAGAUGAUGAUGAUGCAGCAGCAGCAGCAGCAGCAGCAGCAGCAGCAGCGCAUGCAGAUGCCCAUGCAAGGCGGUGGCAUGAUGAUGCCGGCGAUGAUGGCAGCACAGCCGCCAACAACGGCAGCAGCAGCGCAGAACGGGCGAACAAACACAUCCACACCCCCAAAGACGAAGAAGGCAGACGCCUUUGAUUUCGUUGCGCAAGAGCUCGCGAAGUCCCGCAAGUGACCUGCGAUUGGUGUGCUUUUUACUUGCUUCCCUCGCCCUCACCAAACCCCUCGUUAGUCGUUCCACCUCCACCUUCUCCACCCCCCCCCCCUUCCCUCAUCGUUCUGUACAGUGUGUGUAAGUUGGGGUUUGUGCCUCCUCCUGUUCCCACCUCCCCACUUCUAUCCACCAUCUGUACCUGCCGUGUUGGUCUUUGUGUUGUUGUGCUUCAGCCAUCCUUCAAUGAAUAGAACGAACGCGAAAGAACGCCAGUUGCUUGCGUGCAUGCGCGUGUGUCAAGCGA